UCAGAGAGGCAGGAAACGGGUCCAACUAGGGGGACUCAAUAGCGGCUGCACUUUCCUGUCCCAUCACCGAGCAUCAGGAAGCGGGCAUCGGCCUGGUGACUUUCUUCGCCGAGGAGCCGGAUCCCGGUGCAUGGACGGGGCGAGGCAUUAAGGCAGGGAGUAAAAAUGGAAGAACAGGGACCGAUGCGACCUGUUCAAAGGGAGAGAUUAGAGGCCAAAAGAAAAAAUCCUCAUGCGGUCCAGGUUGAGACCACCUGGGGUCUUCCGCCUAGGGCAGAUUUUCGCCAGGUUAAGCAGGAGCCAGAGGAGGGUGUGCAGCAGCAGGGCUGGGAUGCCCAGUGGCAGGAUUUCUUGAAGACAAUGCACCCCCCUCGUUUGGAAUGGGACACCCCACAGCCUCCCAGUCCUCCCCUGUCAGGUGAUGGUGUCCUCCAGGCCUCCUUCAAGGGAGGUGCUGAUGCCAGCUGGUGGCCUGGCGGAGGAGAGGGGGUGACCCAGACCCCACCAGACCUCAGUGGGAAAGCGCAGGAGGAGGGAGGAGGCCUGAUUACCUCUGUGACAGUGAAGGAAGAGAUCCUGGACCAGGAGGAGGAGGAAGAUGCCAUCAGCUCGGAGAUGGAGCAUCAGCGCUUCAGGCAGUUCUGCUACCUGGAGGCCGAGGGCCCUCGAGAGGUCUUUGUCCGACUCCAGGAACUUUGCUCCCGGUGGCUGAAGCCAGAGAGGCGCACCAAGGAGGAGAUCGUGGAGCUGCUGGUCCUGGAGCAGUUCCUGGUUAUCCUGCCCAUGGAAAUGCAGAGCUGGGUCAAGGGAUACAGGCCAGAGAGCUGCGCCCAGGCCGUGGCCCUGGCUGAGGACUUCCUGCUGCGGCUGGAGGAGGCCGAAGGGCUGCCAGAUAAGGAAUCGUGGCCUGUGAAAGACGUGGCUGUUAAUUCUCCAAAGUCAGAGGAGGAUCCAUUGGACCCAGCGAACUUCCAUCUUUCUGCAAAGGCUGAGGAAGAGAGCGAAGAGGAGGCUAACGUUCUGGCAGGCAGCGAUGAAAUGAAGGACCGAGAGAGCGAGGGGAAGUCCUUCUCAUUCAAAAGACAUCCGCAAGUGGGCAGCAGUGGACUACCUCUGGAGAGACUCAAUGGGAAAUUUUUCCAGGUUUGUGAGCUGGAAGAGAUGUCAGGAAAUCAGCAGAGCAAGGAAAGCCACCGGGAGAACCCAGUGGAGAUCCAAGCUCUGAUUUGUGAGAAAAGUGACAGAGGAUUAGAAGGAAGCAACUUCCCAGAGGGAAGCCAGAAGGUGAAGAGGAAACAGAAAGGUCUCCAGUUGUGUCAGAGCUUUGACUUCCCUCACAAACAGACGUCCCAAAAGCUGUUCAGGUGUGCCUAUUGUGAAAAGGUCUCCAACAACAGUGCGAACAUGAUUAUACAUGAGAGGACCCACACCGGGGAGAAGCCCUUCCAGUGCUCUAAAUGUGGCAAAUGCUUCAGCACGAACUGCAACCUUAUGAUACACAUGAGAAUCCACACAGGCGAGAAGCCGUACAAGUGCGCCGACUGUGGCAGGACCUUUACCGGCAAAGCCGCCCUUAUCAUACACGAGAGGACCCACACGGGAGAAAAGCCCUAUGAGUGUCCGAUGUGCGGGAAAACCUUUGGCUGCAGCUCCAACCUCGUCACCCACAAACGGGUGCACAUGGGAGACAAGCCCUUCAAAUGCUCCGAGUGCAAUUUGGGCUUUGUUUGCAGGUCACAGCUCACCAUUCACAUCCGGACGCACACAGGGGAGAAGCUGUAUAAAUGCCUGGAGUGCGGCAAAAGCUUCACGCGGAAAGCCACCCUCGUUAUACACGGGCGAACCCACACUGGGGAAAAGCCUUAUGAAUGCAAUGAGUGCUCGAGAACCUUCAUUUCCAGCUCUUGCCUUCGGAAGCACGAGAAGCUGCACACAAACUCUUACCUUCAGUAACUUGACAGGCUGGCUACACAUAGAAAAGAAAGCGCCAACAGCAGGAAAAACUACUGCAGGAAGAGCACCAGCAGCCAAUCCAAAAAAUUCUCACCAGCCGGUCUAAAAACUUUCAUGACAAGCUUUUGUAAACCAGAUUCAACUAUCCUCCCCUUUUUUGUUGUUGUGUGAUCCAAAUGUUACUAACAUGUCAUGCAUAAUAUGCUAUUUUGUAAUAAGUUUUUUGAGCUGGCAUCUGUAGUAACAGUCUUAGAUGCCAAAAAAUAAUAUUGUUCUGAUGUUUAUUAAUCAAAGAAUAAUACUUCUGAUCUGUGAGAGAAUACACAGAAGAGGGAUCUUUUGAAUCUGCUGAGUGUGAGAAAGGCUUCAGUACAAGCUCUAACCCUGUCAUUCGCAAGAGGGCACACAGUAGAGAGAAGCCCUAUCAGGACUUGGAUUGCAGGCAGAAGAUCAGUACAAAGGAGGGUUUAUGCAGGGGAGAAGCCAUAUGAAUGCUCAGAUUGUGGGCGCAGUUUCAGCCACAGAGCAUCCCUUAGAAGACACAAGAGAAUCCUCUCUAGAGUGACAACCACAUGAGUGUUUGCAUUGUAGACAAAGAGUUGAUUCUACCUUAUACCAACUCUGACCGUUUGUCGAUUUAGCUCACUUUGGGUAGCCAACAUGAUCCCUUUCAGAUGUUUUGGACUACAGCUCCCAUCAUCCCUCACUCUCUAGGGCUGAUGAAAGUUGCAGUCCAUGACAUCUGGAGGGUACUGCAUUGGCUAUCCCUGCCUUAGGGCAUGAGUUGGCAACAUGGUGCCCAUGGGCCCACACGCACCUGCAGAGACCUCCCCUGGUGUCCACAGGGUCCUGUCUCCCCUGCCACUGAAAUUAGGCCUGGGAA